GUGCACGUUAUAUGUGAUUUUCAGAGGUUAAUAUGAAAUCCUUUAAGGUGUUGUUGCUGAUUUGUACCUUAUUCACCGAUCAAGUUUUCUCAUUUGAAGACUGUAUAGUUGAACCGGAUUGCAAUUUGUUUGACUGGCUACCCUGGACUAAAUGCACUGGUAACUGUGGUGCCCAAUCUCAGUACAGGAUCCGGCAUAUGUGCUGUUCCCAGGAUGUAAAACCACAUACUUUGGAAAACUGUUUGGUAUAUUGUAAUAGAAGUAUAACUUUUCCGAUGAAUGUUAGCCAGCCAUGCCGUACGUGUAAACAUGGCGGGGUUCUUAAUAUUUCAUCUUCAUCGUGUAUCUGUGAUCUGCAUCAUUCAGGAGAGUGUUGUCAGGAUUUGGUGACGUGCCAGGAUCAUCCCUGUAAACAUGGAACCUGUUCCGACACUAAUGCCACUUUUGUCUGUAACUGUGACAGGGGAUACAAAGGAGUGGACUGCAACACACGUAAGAAAUGUUCCGAUGGAGUGACUUGCGAUAAGGGAGGAACAUGCCGAGACGUCACAAAUGGAUUUAAAUGUCAGUGUCGCAGCAAAUAUGGCGGCGAAUUCUGUCAAAAAGCCUUAACCUGCAGUGACAAUCCCUGUAAGAACACAGGAUUAUGCACAAAUCAAGGAGGGAGUUUUACCUGCAAGUGCCCUUAUACACACAAAGGAGACACCUGUGAAACAGUUAAGACAUGCGCUGACAACCCCUGCCAGAAUGGUGGAGUUUGUACUGAUACAUCUCCUGGAUUUACUUGCGCAUGUCCAGCAACUUACAAAGGACUUACUUGUAAAACAGCUGUUACGUGCAGUGACUCGCCCUGUUUACACGGAGGUACGUGCGCUAACAAAGGAACAAGCUACCAGUGUACAUGUCCGAGCAUCUACAAAGGACAACGAUGUGAAAAAGUUGUUACCUGCAGUGAUACGCCCUGUUUACACGGAGGAACGUGUGUUCCCAAAGGAACAAGCUUCCAGUGUACAUGUCCGAGUAUCUACAAAGGACAAAGAUGUGAAAUAGUGAAGACUUGUGCAGAUUCGCCUUGUAAAAAUAGUGGCCAUUGUAUGAAUAAAAAUCCUACUGCAUUUACAUGCACAUGCCCAGACACCCAUAAAGGAAUUAUUUGUCAAACAGUAAUUAAAUGUGUUGAUACUCCUUGUGUACACGGAUCAUGUACCGAUACCGGUUCAGGAUUUACCUGUUCAUGUGAUCCAAAAUUCACUGGAAUUCUGUGUAACAAACCAAUCCAGUGUUCGCCAAACCCCUGCCUUCAUGGCACUUGCUCCACCUCACCAUCAGGCUAUAACUGUCAUUGUGAUGAGAAAUAUACUGGGGAAAAGUGUGAUACACCAAUACUUUGUUCCUCUUUGCCUUGUCAACAUGGUACCUGUACGGACACACCUACAGGGUACAAAUGCACAUGUGACGUCAAAUAUACCGGCUCAAAAUGCGAUACAUUAAGAACAUGCACAUCCUCUCCCUGUUUACACGGGACUUGUACUGAUUCCGCGUCUGGGUUUGUCUGUUCUUGUGAUGAGUCGUACACUGGAGUUACGUGUGAAACAUUGUUGACCACAGACGAAGCAUCUGAAAUUCUUCUUCCCAAAUGGCUGCCAUAUUUAGAAUAUGCCGUUUUGUCAAUGACGUCCCUCGUUGGUCUGAUGGUGGCUGGAUGUGUCUGUUUAAAGUGUUGUCAGGCGUGUGGGGUCAUCGAUAACAAGGACGACGAUGACGACGAUAAAGAAGAAGAAGAGGAAUAUCUGAAGAAGUACAGAAGGGAUUCUGUAUUUCCACUUACACCGCAAAAGUCUGGAGUAGUUAAUAAAAGUGGUGGAUUGAAUUUCUAAGCCUUAAUUAUUAACUACCUUGAAAGUGCCUUAAAGAAUGAUUUUUUACACAUUUAUCAGCUCUUUGUAUUAUUUUUGCUGUUGCUUAAAAAACAAUGAUAUCAAAAAUCUAGCUGAAUUUACAUUCAAGUAGACAAAAUGAAUUGCCAACUUUGUUCGUUUAUAUAUCUUUAUUUUUUCUUCAAUGCAAAGUUUGAAUUUGUUUUCCUCUCUGU